AAGCUUUAUAAAUGUACUUAGUCACAUUUGCUAGCAAAAAAUGCAUUUCCUUUUGCCAUAAAUUUCCGAUAACUUUGUUUGUCGCAACCAUGUUAAACACACGCUGAGACAAAUAGUAGCGGCGCGUCACGCAAAACUGCAAAAUGAAUCAGCGAGAGGAUGGCGCCGACCAGAAUUUUGAUUACAUGUUCAAGAUUUUAAUCAUCGGAAACUCUUCUGUUGGGAAAACAUCUUUUCUUUUUCGUUAUGCGGAUGAUAGUUUUACGUCAGCUUUCGUUUCCACUGUUGGAAUAGAUUUCAAAGUGAAAACAAUCUUUCGGAAAGACAAGCGAGUGAAGCUUCAGAUUUGGGACACCGCUGGGCAAGAACGUUACCGUACCAUUACGACUGCUUACUACCGUGGUGCAAUGGGUUUCAUUCUCAUGUACGAUAUCACCAACGAGGAGUCAUUCAAUUCCGUACAGGACUGGGUCACCCAGAUAAAGACGUACUCUUGGGACAAUGCUCAGGUCGUACUAGUCGGGAACAAGUGCGAUUUGGCUGAUGAACGCGCGGUGUCUGUGGAUCGAGGACGCGGCUUGGCUCAGCAGCUCGGUCUAAAUUUCUUUGAAGCCUCUGCGAAAGGUGAUGUAAAUGUGAGAAAUGUGUUCGAAUGCCUUGUCGAUUUGAUCUGUGACAAAAUGGCGGACAAUCCAGAGCUCAAUCAGUCCGUGUCUGGCGCUACAUCCAAAGGUGCUCAACUGAGAAACAAUGCGGAUCCGCAACACAGCAACUGUCAGUGCUAAUCCCGCUAUCAAGGUUUCGUCGCUGUAACUCGCGCGUAAAUGUCUUUUGUCCAACAUUCUCUCCUCUUCUGUCCACUUACUCGAACCACUUUCACGGACGAAUCCUUGUUCCUUUCAAACGAGCCCUCCAGUACCGCACUUCAUUCCCGUCCCCACAAAUAGACUGGGGCUUUCUGUGGAACCCCCGUUCCCAACUUCGCCAUCGGAGAACAUUCUAUGUAAAUCGCUUCUUUUUCCGAUCCUGCAUUCCCUUUACAUGUCUAUCAACGCGCAGCUGACUUUACGUUUCCCAUCAGCUGCAUCCAACGUUUUCGUAGACAUUCCACACGGACUUCCACCGUGUAGUUAUCGAACUCGGUGGCUAUCUUACUCAGUGCAAUAGAUUCUCUCCUCCAUCUAUCUGCUCGUCUUCAUUCCUUAGCAACACUUCUUGUUUGAAUCCGCUUUCUUAUCUUAAUCAUUUGGAGUGAGUCAUUCCGAUACCCUUUUGUCUACCACAUCUGUGACCCCUAGCAACUACCUGUUAUUGUGGCGGUUGAUAUCCUGUUUCAUUUUUACCACACGGUUGCCACUGCUUUCGAUGGUAUUCAAUACUUAUUAUUCCUCUCUGCACAUUCCAUGUUCGGCGGAGAAUUACUGUUUUUCCUUCAGCCACACACGCAUUGGACACGAUCAUGUCUUUGCUUUUUUUAGAUAUUCUAUUUCAUUAUCCGCAAUCGCUUUCCGUUUACAUACUUAUUCGCUUCUUUUCAUGGUUUUGGCUGUAGACAUUUGAGCAAAAUGGGUACAUAUUUAUUGCA